AUGUGUGGUCGCUACGCUCUGGGAGUGCGCUUGGCGUACAUUCAACAGCGCCUCCAAGACAGAGGCAUGCAAGUGGAUGAAGUACCAGAAGACGACGAAGUUAGAGAGACCUACAACUUUGCACCAGGAAACUUCGGCGCUGUCUACCGCGCAGAUGUCCCGGAGCAGGGACGUUCUCGUCGUUCCGAGGCACAAGACUGCACAGAACAGACUCCGGCGCAGAUAGAUGAAUACGAAACGCAACCCGCUGCAACAAAGUACAAAAUUCAAAGCAUGAAAUGGGGCCUCAUCCCCUUCUGGACGAAAGGACAGCCCGACUAUGGGUCUCUAAUGCGCACGAUCAAUUGCCGGGAGGACUCGCUGAUCGAGGACCGCGGCAUGUGGACGACCAUGAAGCGGCGCAAGCGCUGCAUCGUGCUCUGCCAGGGAUUUUACGAAUGGCUCAAAAAGGGGCCCGGUGGAAAAGAAAAGAUCCCGCAUUUUGUGAAACGUAAAGAUGGCGACUUGAUGUGUUUUGCUGGACUAUGGGACUGUGUUUCCUACGAGGGCUCCGACGAGAAGCUCUAUACCUACACCAUCAUCACGACCUCCUCGAAUCCUUACCUGAAGUUUCUGCAUGACCGCAUGCCAGUGAUCCUGGAACCAGGGAGUAAGGCGAUGAGCACAUGGCUCGAUCCGAGUCGGACGACAUGGUCAAAGGACUUGCAAUCCAUCCUCAAGCCGUACGAGGGCGAGCUGGAGUGCUACGCAGUCCCAAAGGAAGUCGGGAAAGUCGGCAACAACUCCCCGGACUUUAUUGUUCCCGUCAGCAGCAAGGAGAAUAAGAGCAACAUUGCAAACUUCUUCGCCAAUGCCAAGAAGAAAGAAGACAAAUCUGAGGCCUCCACUGAGACUACUACAAUGUCUCCCAAGAAAGAAUCUGCGUCACAGGAGACGGAGGACAUCAAAGGGGAUCAUGAAGACCAUGCGCCGGUGCCGGUGCCGGGUGUCAAGAGAGUACAUACACCGGACGCUUCGAGUACCCCCGAGGUCAAGAAACCGAAGCUAGACUCGGCCUCAAAAACUCGUUCUCCACAGAAGUCGACAAAGAUGCGGAGUGCCACGCAUAAUUCACCGAUGAAGAAGAAGCCCAGUGGGACCAAGCCCACAGAUGGAACACAGCGCAUCACGAACUUUUUCAAAUAG